UUUCAUGUUCUUGAUUGCCGGCCUCUUGUUUCGAUUUGGUGGUAAUGGCUUCCAGCUCCCAAGUAGCCUCUGCAUCUCCUUCAGCAGAUCCAUGUUGGAAGUAUGAUGUCUUUUUGAGUUUCAGGGGUGCAGACACUCGCAAAGGGAUCACAGCCGACAUAUACGAUGGACUCGAUCGAAGAGGCAUUAAAACAUUCAUGGAUGAUCCAGAUCUUAAAGUCGGUGAUGUCAUUUCUCCCACUCUACAAGAGGCAAUUAAGAAAUCAAGGUUUGCAAUUGUUGUUCUCUCGAAAAAUUAUGCUUCUUCUACUUGGUGUUUGGAGGAACUUAGAGAGAUUUGUGAGUGCAUGAAAGACCAGAACAGGAUUUUGCCACUUUUUUACCAUGUUGAUCCUUGUGAUGUUCGAUAUCAGAAGAGGAGUUUUGAAGAAGCUUUCUCUAACCAUGAAACCUCAGGCAGACAUGAAUCAGAGAAGGUGAAGCAAUGGAGAGAUGCUUUAAACAAAGUGGCCAAUUUCUCCGGGUGGAGCACCCAACAAUAUAAGACUCACAAAGAACUUGUUAACGUCAUUGUGGAAUUUGUCAGCACGAAAGUAGUACCUGACUCGAUUGAGUCCACAGGAGAUUUCGAAGUGUUUGAAGUAACAAGACGAGCCAUUUAUGAGGUUAUGGAGGCCUUUAAAGAUGAUGAGAUCACUGCCAUUGGUGUCUACGGCAUGGGAGGCGUUGGCAAGACAACCUUAGUGGAACAUAUCGGUACACAAGCCCGGAAAAGUGGGAUUCUUGAUUAUGUGACAAAAUGUGUAAUAUCCCAAAACCCUGACUUCGAAAGAAUUCAAGAUACAUUGGCAGAGCAGCUGGGCUUUGAAUUACAUGAGAAGACAGAAAUUGGAAGAGCAGCUAGAUUGGGAAAGGAGAUAAAGAAAAGGGAAAAAAUCCUUGUAAUCUUGGACGACAUUUGGGAGAGAACGGACAUAUCAAGAAUUGGAAUUCCAAGCUACAAGGAACUUCACAAGUGCAAUUCCAAAGUCCUGCUCACCACAAGGAUAAGGAAUGUUUGUCAUGCCAUGGAGUGCCAAAGAAAGAUCACCCUCAACGUUCUAUCUGAACAAGAUUCUUGGGCCUUGUUUGUCAGAAAAGCAAGAAGGUAUUUUGAAUCCCCCAGUUUUGAGGGUGUGGCAAAGAAGGUAGCUAGAGAAUGUAGGGGCUUACCUAUUGCAUUGAUAACAGUUGCAAGGGCACUCGGAGACAAAAACUUGGUGGAGUGGAGGAGAGCAGCUCAGCGACUAGAGAAGUCACAAACUGCCAACCCUGACGAUAAGGGAGAAGCAUCCAAAUGUAUAAAAUUAAGCUAUGAUUACUUGAAAGAUGAGGACUACAAGUCAUACUUCUUGCUGUGUUGCUUAUUCCCAGAAGACUAUGACAUCCCUAUAGAAGACUUGUUCAGGUAUGGGAUCGGGAAAGGAUUGUUUCAAGAUGCCGAAACACUCGGAGAAGCGAGAGACAGAGCUGAUUCCCUGGCCAUGCACCUUAGAUAUUGUAGCUUGCUGUUGGAUGGCAGUGACGAGACAUUUGUAAGGAUGCAUGAUGUUGUCCGGGAUGCAGCCCUUCAAAUUUCGCAAUCUGAACAUGGGUUUUUGGUGAAAGCUGGUUGUGGUUUAAAAGAUUGGCCACGUCAAUUACAUGAAGACUGCUCUGCAAUCUCUCUCGUGGACAAUCAUAUCAGCAAGCUACCUGAAAAUUUGUCUCCUAACCAACCUCCAAGCUUUGUAUUUAGGUAG